CUCCCUCCGCGCCCCCUCGUCCCGCCGGUCCCGCCGCCGCUGCCGCCGCCCGUCUCUUGCAGGGCCCCUCCCGGAUGUCCCCCCGCACCUCGCCCCGUGGCGACCCGGCUCCGACACCCGCCUUGCCGGGCCGUGGGGCGGCCCUACGCCCCGGGAGCUCCGCCGCCUUACACUCCCUCGUCACCCGCGACGGAGGGCAGCUGGUGUUCGCCGACCGCCCCCACGGGCCGCCCAUCACCCUGCGGGCCCGCUACAUCCUCAUCCACGACGGCGGGGAGCUGCACAUCGGCUCGGAGCGCUGCCCCUUUGGCUCGCGGGCCACCAUCUCGCUGUACGGGCGAGCCGCCGAGGGGGCGGCCGUGGAAGGCUUCGGGCAGAAGUUCGUGGGCGUGGGUCGCGGCGGCAUCCUGGAGCUGCACGGCCGGCGGCGCCGCUCCUGGACCCUCCUGGACAGGAUGCUGCAUCCCGGCUGGGGCAGCCGCGGGCCCAACCUGCGCGUCCCGGGCGGCGGCACGGCGGGGCUGCUGGCGGGGCCGCUUCCACAGCCACCUGCGGCCCGGCGGGGGCCGGCGGCUCAGCGCCUUCCUGGCCCGGCAGUCCCCCGGGGGGACUCGGCCGCCCGCAGCCUCACGCCGGAGACGCGGCUGCUGCUGCUGCGGGACCGCCUGGGCAGCAGCUUCAUCGUCCGGCUGCGCUACAGAUCGUAUCCUCAUUUCAUCAUUGCCAGUACAGAUUGUUCCAUGCAUCAGGCUGAAGAGUUUAAUCUCCUUCCUUGCCCUGAAUGUAAAAACAAUCAAGUGAAAAUUGAUGGCAGCCCACUUUGUCUUCACGUUGGAGAAGUCAUAGAUGGUGCUGAUAUGAGGGCAGAGGUUGGUCUUCUGACCAGAAAUAUUCAAGGAGAAAUGGAAGAUGCCAGUUAUGGACAAAAUCGAUGCCAGUUUUCCUCUUUUGAUACAUUCGGAGGACACAUUAAAACCCUAAGGAAUUUUAGCUCUGUUCACAUGUCAGGAGUGGAGUUAAAAAACAUGGGGCAACAAAUCCUGGGCAGUUACCCUGUGCAUUUUCACCUGGCUGAGGAUGUGGAUGAGAGAGGAGGAUAUGAACACCCAAUGUGCCUCGAUAACCUGGCUAUCCACCACUGCUUCUCUAGGGCUGUCAGCACGUUCUGGAUUGCAAAUCCAAACAACAACAACUUAAUGGAGAAUGCAGCGGCUGGUGCUCAGGAUGUUGGGAUAUGGGACCUCUUCCACCGGGUCCCUGCUGGAGAGUCUGAUGGAAGAUAUCCAGAGGGACAGGCUGAGCAUUCCCCCUUGGGAGUGUUUUACAACAGAGUCCGCUCCAGUUUCGAGGCUGGUUUGUUUAUUGGAAAAGGAGUAAAGACAACGAGAGCCAACGCUGAAGGUCCCAGGGAGUAUCUCACUGCUGGUAAUGCCCGGUUUCCCCCACAUUAAGAUGCUGAUCCUGAAAAGCCACGAGUUCCUGCCGUGAUUGAUGGUCUUACUGCUCUUAAAAAUAAUGACCACGGGGCCUGGGCCAGGGGUGGUGACAUUAUUUUCCACAGCUCAGGGUUUUCAGAAAUUGGGAUUGGACUCACUCUGGCAAGUGAUGGGACUUUCCCGACAGACGGCUCCAGCCCGGAGGUCACAGGCUCCAUUUUUGGUGGAGAAAGCAGCAACUUUGGCUCCCAGGGAGGCCAAAACAGCUACUGGGGAAAAGAGGCAAAUGGAGAAUACAGAACACUGCCCAGAAACAAGACAUUCCCUAUCCAUGGAUUGCAGAUUUAUGAUGGGCCUGUCGGGAUGGGAAGGUGCACUUUCAAGAAGUUCACCCCACCUGUUGACAGAUACUCAAGUGCCAUUGGGUUCUUCAUGAAAAAUUCCUGGCAGACCAGCCCCCAGAACAAUGUGUCACAGACCCUGAUGGAGAAAAGUCUUUAUAUCGAGGCCAGAUGCCCUGAGAACCUGACCUUGUGCAUUGCCAGAGCAGCAUUCCCUUCCCAUCCCGUGCAGCUGCAAGGCGUGAACAGGGAGCUGUGUUCCAGCAGCACCAGCCUGUUCUCCUGCUUGAGCAGGAUUAUAUCAUCCAGUGAGAUGGCAGAGCACCUGAGGAUGUCAUGCUGGACCACAUCAACUUCAACAGAUAAAAGUGUUUUCCUGUUCACCAGCACUGGGAUAUUCUUUGUGGUGCUGGAUGCUUGUUCAGGAGCAGUUGUGGGUAGGCAGAACUUUGGCACAGUUAGCAGUGAAAACACUGCCCAUGCAAAAACUGAGUGUGUUCAAACAUCCAUAAAGGAGAGAUCACUUGUUCUUGUGUGCUCUAGAAAUAUCACAGACUUGAUGGGCAGCUCUGAAAUGUCUGUUUUUGCCAUAAAGCCUAUUAUCUUCCACAAGGGAGGGAAUUUUGCCAUGCUUGGCUGUAAAGGACAAGCCAACCCAUCCUGGAUUAAAGUCCUUAAUCAUGCUAGUUACCAGAAAGCUGCUUCCUUGAAGCUGAAAGAAUAUCAAUAUCCAGCUAAUGCUGUUGAGCCACUAAAAUUUGCAUUUUCUCAGACCUGCUUGGAGCACAUCCCUGCAAAGGCUGGGGCACCCCGGGGUUAGCACUGCUGGGGAGUGCCAGCCAGGCAGAGCCCAGCACCACCACCAAACCUGCUGUUCUUACGAGAUUGUACCAAACUGAUGGUGUUCACUUGUAUAUUUUAUAACCAAUAAAUAUAUUCUCAUCUUA